AAAAAAUCUCAACUUUGUGUGUGUAGACCGAGAAUCCAUCCAUCCUCAGAAACCCCAAAACCAAAACCAAACCAAAUCUCAUCCUUUUUCUUCUUCUUGCGUUCCUUUUAUUGUUGCUUUCAAUGGCCUUUUGAUUUGUUCUGGUAACUGCGUUUGGUGAGGUAAGAUUUUACUAUGGAUCCUGAAAGUACAAUGGUGGUUGAUGGGACUAGUGACUCUGCUCUUCCAAAUGGUGGUUUAACAGUGGAGAAUGUCUGUGUUGAAGGAAAUGGUGUUGCUUCUGGUGAAACUUUGGAUACUAAUUCAGAAAGUCAGAAUGAGAAUUCCGGAGACAGUUCUGCUUUGGAUGCAGUAGAACAUCCCAAAGAGGCAGCUGAGGGCGCAAAAGAUGAAAGUGUAGAUGGACCAAAGUAUGCUAAUGGCCAAAAGGCUCAACGGAAGCUAAAGCAGGAGAAACUCUCAGGUGGUAAGAAUGUUCCACCGGUUCUUAUCAAAAAGAAGAAAGAGAUUAAAGGUGGAGAUGCUAAAGUGGCAUCAUCUAAUGGCUCUGUAGCUCCUAUUGCACACACAACAAAGUCUCUGAAGAGCACAUCAUUCAAUGGUAGAGCGUCUAAGGUCACGGAGCAAGGGAAGCAAGACCGUGCACCAGCUGAAAGCGCCGCCGGGGACAAGGUGAAACCAAAGCUUCAAAAGAAACAAGUCCAGGAGACAUCUGAGGAUGAUGCUCAGUCUUCUAAUAGCCCGAAAGCAGACGAUGGCAAGCCUCGUAAAGUUGGUGCACUUCCAAAUUAUGGGUUCAGUUUCAAGUGUGACCAACGUGCUGAAAAGAGAAGAGAGUUUUAUGUUAAGCUUGAGGAGAAGACUCAUGCGAAAGAAGAGGAGAUUAAUAACAUGCAAGCCAAGUCUAAGGAAACACAAGAAGCUGAGCUUAGGAAGCUAAGAAAGAGCUUGAACUUCAAAGCCACACCCAUGCCUAGCUUCUCUCAGCCGCCUAAAACAGAGUUAAAGAAGAUACCACCAACAAGACCCAAAUCUCCAAAACUCGGGAGGAAGAAGACUGACUCUGAAGAAGCUCAGACCCCUCGUGUCGCUAGGCUGAGCCUAGAUGAGAAAGCCUCUAAAGACAGCCCAAAUGCUAAGGGAACUGUCACAACGGUUGAUAUCAAGAAGCAACCCUUGCGCAAAUCACUUCCGAGAUUGCCAUCUCAGAAAACAGCUCUCCCUGAUGGAAAACUCGCUCCAGCAAAAGCGGCAACAACCUCAGCAAAGGUGAAACCUGAAAGGAAGAAAGUCGAAAAAGAUGCAGAAGCCCUGAAACAGUCUUCGGAUCCCAUUGAUGAGGAAGCACAAGUGACUGUAUCGUCCAAUGCUGAUGCAGAAGAUUCACAUGAGAUUGUAUCUCCAAUGAUGGAUGAAGACAGAGCCAAGUCCAUAGAGGUAUCUGAAGUGGUUUCUGUUGAGCAUUAAGACUCAUAGCUUGCAUUAAUUAAGGAGGACAAGGGGACAAGAAACCGUAUGAUAUUUAUUAUAUAUGUACUUUCGACCAAAACUUAUGUGAGAAGAAAUGGGUAAAAGAGUGAAAAGAGUCAUAUGGGUUUGGUUCUAAAUGUUGUUGCUUUUUGAUAUUUCUAUGUUUUAAUCUUUCAAGUUGUGUUUUUUGAUGUCUAAGCUCUUUUCUGUUUGAUGCUUUGAUUCUUAAAAGGUGAAUAUUCAGGAGAUUA